AUGCCCCCUCGACCUUUAAGAGCAGGCAUUCUGCUCAGUCGAAAUCCUAUUGUCACGAAAGAGCCGUCUGCAUUCGUUAAAGCGUUCUAUCACUACCAGGAUGAGCUCGAGCGCCGGCUGAUGUGGACUUUUCCCUGGUAUUUUUAUUUCAAGCGUGGUACUCUUAGCCAGCGUAAAUUUGAUUCGUUACAAAAAGGCCCUAUGCCCCGUCACAAAGGGGUCUACUACCCCGAAGGCAUUCCUGAUGUCAAGCAUAACCGUGAACGUCGGUCCAAACAGGUUGUUAACCUGCCUUCGCAGUCUGGCGACGGCGAAGGUGACAAGAUCAUCCCCCAAAGCCGCACGACCCAGGCAGAUGAAAAGAAAGAUGUCAGAUCUCUGGAACGCAAGCUUGACUCCACGCUCUACCUUGUGAUUAACAACAAAGAGUGGCGUCUUCCCUCUUUUGAAGUAUCCGAGGAGGCUACCUCUUUGCACGAGGCUGCCGAAGCAGGCCUUCGUGAGCUUGGCGGAUCAAACAUAAACACUUGGACCGUCUCGUCUACUCCCGCAGCCGUCAUUAAAGGCGAAGUCCCUGAGUUUGUGAUCAAGUCCCAUAUUUUGCACGGACAGUUUACUCCCAAGGACUUUGACUUUGCUUGGCUCACCAAGGAAGAGAUCAAAGAAAAGGUCAAGCCUGAAUAUUUUUCUUCUGUUGAAGCUUUGCUUUAA